AUGUCUGAGCCAACUCAACAAUUUUCGCUCUUCCAGCAAAUGCCCCCUGAAGUUCGCGCCAUGAUCUGGACGACCGCGGUCCGCGGGCAGGACCGUCUGGUGAUGACCGACUCGCUGACGCGCGUCACCCGCGCCCCGUGCCCGACUUUAUUCCUAGUCUGCUUCGAGUCGUACAUGGUGGCCCGGAUGUGCUACACGCGGCUCCCGGGGGGGGACCUGCACACGGAUGAAUGGCUGCCGCCGAUGCACCUAGCGCCGGCCGGCGGCCCGGGCCCCGUGGUCUCCUUCGCGAACGACAUCUUCGACAUCGGCGCGUGGCUGGAGUGGACCGGGGAAAACUGGUACCCGGCCUUCUUUCGCUACGUCCUGCUCGCGGCCCUGACCUAUCUGCCCGCAUACACCGAGCUGAUACAAGGGGCGCUGAUGCACCCCCGGUUCCUCGGGAUCGAGCGCCUCAGCGCCCGCGGCGUGCGCCGCGUCGCCGUGCCCAUCUGGCGCGCCCAGCGCACCAAGCUGCCCGAGUGCCUGUUCUUCCGCAGCAGCCUGCUCCCGACGUGGAUCGCCCGGGCCCUCCGGCCGCUGGGGGUCGCCUGGGCGUGGGAGUGGGCCGCGUGGCUCGAGGAGGUCUGGGUGGUGCGCGAGGACGAGCACACCGGCGCGCCCGAGGCCCGCAUCAUGUUCCCGCCCGCGGCGCACCGCCACUGCUGCUGCGUCCUCUGCGUCGGCGUGGCCGGCGAGACCUGGGUCAACGGCAGCCCGUUCCCCGAGUUCCGCACGCUCGCCCCCCGCGACCGCGCCGGCCACGACAUGAUCUUCAGCACCGCGGAAAGCGCCAAUCUCGACCUCAUCUGGCACCGAAACUUGGACCACCUUUUCGAUAACUGA